AUGUCUUUUGGGUUAACUAAUGCCCCGACAGUAUUUAUGGAUUAUAUUAACAGGAUUUUCCGACUGUAUCUGGACAUGUUUGAUAUUGUCUUCAUUGAUGAUAUUCUUGUUUAUUCUAAGACUGAAGAGGAGAAUGCUGAUCACUUGCGAACUAUACUGCAAAUUCUGAGAGACAGAAAGUUGUACGCUAAGUUAUCUAAAUGCGAGUUCUGGAAGAGUGAGGUGAAGUUUCUCGGCCACGUGGUGAGUAAGCAGGGAAUAACUAUGGAUCCUGCUAAGAUGGAAGCAGUGAUGAAUUGGGAGCGACCAACUUCAGUGACAGAGAUAAGGAGUUUCCUAGGUUUGGCAGGGUAUUAUCGCAGAUUCAUUAAGGGAUUUUCACAGCUCGCCUUACCUAUAACUAAAUUGACUAGAAAGGAUACGCUUUUUAUCUGGACUCCGGAAUGUGAAGAGAGUUUCCAAGCAUUGAAGCACAGGUUGACUACUGCACCUGUAUUGGUAUUACCUGAACCAAGUGAACCGUUUGAAGUGUAUUGUGAUGCAUCUCUGAAAGGUUUGGGGUGCAUUCUAAUGCAGCACCAGAAUGUUGUAGCAUACGCCUCACGGCAAUUAAGGCCGCAUGAAAUGAACUAUCCGACACAUGAUUUGGAACUUACUGCUGUUGUGUUUGCUUUAAAAGAUUUGGAGGCAUUAUCUUUAUGGCAUUAA